UUGCGAAUCCUACUUUUGAAAAAAUUUACAAUAAAAAUUGAAUCGGUUAUAUCAUCAUUUAAAGAGAAAGUACUCAUAAGAGCAUAUUUUAAGGAUCCUACAAAUUUGACACAAAAUAACUUCAUAAUGGAUUAUUUGACACAGGAUAUUUUGCGGAAUAUAUCUUCCAUUUUGACGCCUGUGGGUUUCGAGACACACCCAUUUCUUGUUGGUUGGUACAAUGAACAAGUCAAGGAUGUCUUCAAGCUUGGAUACCAGAAUGACACACUGGCCAUUCUUAUAAUCAGUACACCUUCCAUGUAUGAAAAAGCCUUAAAACCAUUUAUAUGCAGAGACCAAUGCACAGGCAUAAAAGACCCCAUAGAUGAAUGUGUUGCACAUCAUUUUGAAGAAGUGAAGAAGAAUUUUCCUGAUUUAGAAAUAGAAUGUAUCCAUGACUUUGAGAUGACACCCAUGCGAAGACCUAAAAUUCUUGUGCAGACGGCAGGUCAUGUUGCAGGAGCUGCAUAUUACUAUCAGAAAAAGGACAUAGAUAAUCCACCAUGGCCUGAGAAGCAGAAGAUCUGUGGAGUUAGCAUCCAUCCUAAGUAUGGAGGUUGGUUUGCUUUGAGGGGGGUCUUCAUUCUGAAGAAUGUUCACUACCAAGCACUUGAGCGAAAAUCUCCAAUAGACAUUAUUACAGACAACCAAAAGAAGAUUCUACUCUUGGAACGAUUUAAUUUUCAUUGGAAGGAUUGGAGUUUUAGAGACAUCAUCCAAUCAGAGCAGAAAUACUCAGAGGAGCAAAAACUCUAUUUUGAAACACCACCUGCAGAAAGAUGGCAAUUGCUUGGAAUUGAACGAAAAUGAUUCAAAACAAAACCUCUAUAUCUUACAAUACCUCUCUAAGGUUAACACAUGUAUCUUAAAUAGAUCAAUGUUUAUUAGGGAGACAGGUUUCAACUCAUCUCAUUCUCAUAGAGGAUCUAGCUUAUUUCAGAUAGAUAGGGGUAUUUACUAGUCAGCUAGUGAGCUGUCUAUUUACAUUUCCCCUAGGCUAUAUCUUUCUGUUGGACUUAGUGUAUGCUUAAAACAUGUCUCUGGUUGAAUAUUUUUGCAAGUAAAUUACCUUACACUUUACAAGUAUAUUACUUAACACUUUUACAAUAGCAUUUUA